CAAAGUAGUCGAAACAUCCUGAAACUCUUGGUCUUGCUCUCUCCAAUCACUCUCUUGAUAUUCAAUUUAUGGUGGAACCAUGACGUUGUAUAUAUGAAUCUUCUUGCUGCAGUAAAACCUCUAUCGAAUCAAAAGGGGAUGAAAUCGUGCAACCUGUAUAACACAUCACCUGCUGAACCUGAAACUUCGCAUAAUCAUCCUUUAUGUGCGAAUCGGAAACUGAGAAAUUUUCCCCAUUUCUCGUAUCCCCCCGCUACACCAAGGCAAUGGAUUACACAUAUGGACACGACAAACAGUACCUUUAGCCGAUUCACCAUCGUCAAUGACAAGGAAUCGUAUUCCGUAUGCGACCAACUCGAACUCUUAAUCGAAGCACGGAACGGCUACGAUGAACCCAAGACUUACGGUGGAGAUUUAUUUCGUAGCAAGAUCUUCACUCAAAACGGGUCCUUUAUUGCAGGCUCGGGGACAGAUGGUGAAGUCCUUGACCUUGGCAAUGGGAGUUAUAGCGCCUUCUUCACUCUAAAGUGGGCCGGGACUAUCCGUAUCAAUGUCACUUUGGUUGUCCCGAGUGAAGCUGUUUUCGAACUACAAAACCUGAAGGAAACAUUGCAGCCUCGUGAGAAUUAUCUGGGGAAAUUCAGCAAGAAGAUAGGUGGAAAAGAUGUAGCAGAAGAAGUGAGAUGUGGCCACGUGCCCGUUGACAGAUUGACGUCGAUAUGCAACCUAUCUAAUCCUUAUGUGGGAUUAACAUGGUACUGUCAGAAACCUAAUUCAAGCCUUCUCUCUUGCUCUGAUUGGACGGCGUUUAAGACACUUGAAUGGCAGUUCAACAAAAGGAUUGAAGACGAAGGUUACAGCAGGAGAUCGUCUGUAGUUCAUCGCCGUGCAGCUCCAAUCGUGGGCCAUCCCAAUCACGUGACAGUAAACGGCGAAUCUGGUGACUUUAUAAAUGAACAAGUGGAUCGUCUACCAGUGUGUGGCCAACAGCAUGACCGCCUUCAAGUUAUACCAUGGGUGACGGGCUUCUACCGGAAUAAACGUUGGUCGUUUUACGAGCAGCGGAUCAAGUCCAUUGCUGAUGCCGCCCGGAGGCUACUCAACAGAAACCCCACGGCAGUUGUCAUGUUUAAGGGUGGAAAUACCCAAAAUCCUUACGGGCCGAGGAGCCAGUACUUAAAUGAGCACUACGCGCGAGACAAUGAAGAAGCCCUGAGACGCAUCCUCAAGUCUUAUCCAAAGAUACAUUUUCUGGAUGCUUGGGAUAUGAGUAAAGGACAACUUGCCCUUGCUGAUACUCAUCCUCCGGAACCUCAUGCCUCAAACUUGAUCGAUCAAAUUCUGACAAUAGCUUGCCCUAUAUAG